AUGGCCGAAUGGACAGAGUGCAUGAACUUUGGCAUGGCUAUUGCCAGGGAAGUCAGUGAGGUCAUUCUGGAGGCAUUUAAAGCUAAGAAAGACGUGAUGCUAAAGAGCUCUCCGGCAGACUUGGUGACCGAGACAGACCAGAGGGUGGAGAAGAUGCUCAUCUCCGCCCUUAGAGCGAGAUAUCCUGCGCAUAAGUUCAUCGGUGAGGAGUCAGUGGCUGCAGGUGAAAAGCUUGAAUUGACAGAGGCCCCCACCUGGAUCAUAGACCCUAUCGAUGGCACUGUCAACUUUGUGCACAGGUUUCCAUUUGUUGCCAUUUCAAUUGCCUUCGCCGUAAACAAGCAGACUGAGUUUGGGAUAGUAUAUAGCUGUGUGGAGGAUAAAAUGUACUGGGCCCAGAGAGGCAGAGGAGCCUUCCUGAACAAUGUGCCACUGCACACAUCUGGGCAGCAGGAUAUCACCAAAUCGCUGGUAGUGACCGAGAUAGGAGCCGAGAGAGAUGAUGUGGCUCUGUCUACAAUGACUACGAACAUCAUGAAUCUGCUCAAGGUCCCCAUUCAAGGGAUCCGGGCAGUGGGCACAGCUGCUGUGGACAUGGUUCUGGUGGCCACAGGUGGCGCAGAUGCCUAUUACCACAUUGGCAUGCACUGCUGGGACAUUGCUGCAUCUGCCCUUAUAGUCCAGGAGGCUGGCGGUGUGGUCCUGGACACUGAUGGGACCAAGUUUGACAUGAUGUCUAGGAAGGUGAUUGCUGCCAGCAGCAUGCCAGUAGCCAAGAGGAUUGCUCAGGUGGUGCGGGCGUUCCCCUGUGCUCGUGAUGAUGAAUGCCCUGGCAGGAUGAAUAAUGAUGGCCAUCACAUCUCUAAUGGCCUGUGA